AUGAGCGAUUCUAGGGUUCCCAGUGGAGGCGAGAUUAGGGUUUCGGCUACGGGAGAUCAGGAUGCUACAAUGGAGGAGGUUGGAGGGAGAAGUCAACCUCCUGGGGACCCACCAGAUAAACCGGGGCUGUGGGUUCAAAAAGUGAAAGGGAGUCUUGGAGGGGGGAUGCCGCGACCAGAGGAUGUUGUAACCCAUGAGUUUGUCAAGCCGAGGCUGAGGCUGGAGUUUCCAAACGGUAAGAAUGGGGAACCGGUGAUCACAAUAGGAGCGGAGGUUAUAGAGGCUAUGCACGGCCUAUGGAAACGGUGUAUGAUUGUGAAGGUUUUGGGGCGGAAUGUACCCGUAGCUGUGCUGAGUCGUCGGUUGAAGGAGUUGUGGAGGCCGAGCCGUGACAUGGUGGUCGUGGAUUUACCUCGACAAUUUUUUAUGGUCCGGUUCGAGUCAGACGAUGAAUAUCUAGCAGCAUUGACGGGAGGACCUUGGAAGGUGUUCGGUAGUUACUUGAUGGUUCAAGCGUGGUCACCAGACUUUGAUCCGGUUCGGGAUGAGCUUGAAAUGACUCCGGUGUGGGUGCGAUUGUCAAAUAUACCGGUGUCAUUUUAUCAUACAACAAUUCUAAUGGGGAUUGCCGAGGGACUAGGGAAACCGAUUAAAGUGGACCUCACAACGACAAAUUUCUCUAGGGCACGGUUUGCUCGAGUUUGUGUUGAGGUGAACUUGAAGAUGCCACUAAAAGGUUCUGUGAUGAUUAAUGGGGAGAGGUAUUAUGUCUCGUAUGAGGGUCUCUCGACUAUUUGCUCAUGUUGUGGGUUGUAUGGUCACUUGGUUCACACGUGUCCAAGUGCUGUUAAGGAGAGGGCACCAGAGGGGGUGACUGAGAAGGAUCCGAGUUCUGGGAGGGCUGUAACUACUCAACCGCAAGCACAUGUUCGAAGUCCUCCGGGGGAUAGUCAGCUGGGAGAUGGUUUUACUCCGGUUCGGAAUGGAGGAAAAAGAUCGGAGUUACAUCGGGGAGUCCCCGGAGAUUUGGGGAAGCGUGAUACUCCGGUACGGCGACAAAAUAUUCAAGGUGGUCAGAGAAGGAAAGAAAAUACGGAUAUUUUGGUUUCAAACAGUUUUGGAAGGCUUGAGGAAGAUUUGGAAGGUUCGGGUGUUAUGGCAAAAUCAUGCAGGAUUGAGGCGAAUAAGGAAAAUCAUAAUACGCUGAAUCAAUUGGGACAAGAGAAGAGUGCGGGACAAGGAAAGUCUAUGGUUUUUGAAUCACAGAAGGGUGGCCAGUUGGGCCGGAAUGAGAAAAAUGCUGCGCAGAAGAAGGCCCAUGAGAAGUAUCGCGUUAAGCAGGCCCACACGAACAACAAUUCUCGGGGUUUAGUGUUCGGCCCAAUACGGGGUGAGGCUGGGUUUUCUUUGUCCGGCAAACGUCUCCGGCUUGAGCAGGAUAUGCCCAUCAUCAACUCCGACCAGGUUCCGAGAUUGAAUGACGUUGUCGAGUCGAGUUCUGCUAUGGGAAGGGAUUUGACUAGCUUAGCAAUGGUAAUGGUUUCUCCAUUGACCGAGAUAGGAGUGGAUCGGGAGGCUAACAAAUAA